AAUCAAUUGUCUCAGUUUGUAUUAUGGAAUGUUGGAAACGAUCAAAGGUGAAGUCUACUAACGUUCGUAGAAGACGGAUGACUUUGCCAAUAGAAAUUGAGAGUUCACGAGCAAAAUAUAACGAUGAUAAUAAAAAUAUAAAUUGUGAUAUUGAUGAUUAUGACAAAAGUGAUGAUUAUUAUUGUUGUUGCAAUAUGAAUAGUACUUUAUUUAAUCAACGUAAUGACCAAGCAGCUGUACAAUUAAUUUAUUCUGUAGACAGUAAAGAUACAAGUGAUUUUUUUGUCAAUAAUAAAAAUAAUACAAUAUGGAGAUCGAGACGUUGCAAAAUAAUUGCUGGUUUGGUGGUACUUGUUAUAAUAGUUAUAGUAAUAGCGGCUGUAUUAAUUUCUAAGGGAAAUAAAAAAAUAGAUGAUAAUAAUGACGACGUUGAUAAAGUACCUGAUGUUGAAGUACCGCAACCACCAUCAUCGAGUAAACUAAGAAAAUUUAAAGGUGGUGCGGUAUGUGUUGAUGACGCUUAUUGUGCAGAGAUAGGAAGGAGAACAUUAUUAAGAAAUGGUUCAGCAGUUGAUGCUGCAAUCGCCGCGGCCCUUUGCAAUGGUAUGGGUAAUAUGCAGAAUAUGGGACUUGGUGGUGCGUUUGUUAUGACAAUUUAUGAUAGAGCGACGAAAAAAGCUUACUAUUUAAAUGCUCGGGACAGAGCACCUCUGGCAGCUCAUGAAAAUAUGUAUGAGAAUAAAGGUGAAAAGGCUACAUUCACAGGACCACUUGCUGUAGCAGUGCCUGGAGAAAUUGCUGGUUACUGGGCAGCACACCAACGGUUUGGUAAAUUACCAUGGGCUGAUUUAUUUACAGACGUUAUUGAAUUGUGUGAAAAAGGAUAUACGUUAUCACAAGCACAGUGGAAUGAUUUAUUUCAAAAUAAAGCGAGUAUUGAAAAUGAUCCGACAUUGAGAUCCUUGUUUGUAAAUGAAACGACAAAGAAGUUUAAAACACCAGGGAGUCUUAUUAAACCUGACAAACUUUGUGGCACAUUUAAGGUCCUUGCAGAAAAAGGUGCUAAUGAAUUUUACAAUGGAACACUGGGACAAACUCUAGUUGAAGAUUUACGUAAACAAGGUGGGAUUUUAACGAUGGAAGAUUUACGUAAUUACUCGGCUAUAUGGCAAGACUCACUGGAAACUGAAUUGUCUAAUGGAAUUAAAUUAUUUACAUCAAAUUUUCCAAGCAGCGGCGCACUGCUUAUAUUUGUUAUGAAUAUUUUUGAUGAAUUUAAAUUUACACCAAACAGUAUAAAUGGUGAUGAAAAUACUGUUGAAACAUAUCAUAGAAUGCUUGAAACUUUUAAAUUUGCCUAUGCUGUCAGAAGUAAAUUAGGCGAUCCUGAUUACAAUGAUCUGACAGAGUUAACGAAGAAUUUAACAUCAAGAGAUUAUGCACGAGCGAUAAAGGCCCGAAUAAAUGACUCAAGAACAUGGAAUGAUGCUGCACACUACGAAGGUGGUACUCAACUCCUUGAAGAUCAUGGUACUGCGCAAAUAUCCGUUUUAUCACCAGCUGGAGACGCUGUAUCAAUCACUAGUACUCUCAACACUUUCUUUGGCAGUGGUUUAGUCAGCGAAAGAACUGGAAUUUUGCUCAACAGUGGCAUGGAUGAUUUUUCAAUACCUUCUGUAACCAAUUACUUCGGUCUACCUGGUAACGAUAAACAGAAUUCAAUCGAAGCCGGUAAAAGGCCUUUGUCUUCAAUGGUGCCAUCAGUUCUUGUAGAUCGUAACGGUGAUAUUCGUAUGGUCAUUGGUUCAUGUGGUGGUACUAAAAUCACUACAUCAGCAGCUUUUGUGAUGGCAAGAACUCUGUGGAUGAAUAAUACAAUAAAAGAAGCAAUUGACGCUCCGAGAAUUCAUCAUCAACUCUUUCCAAUAACAGCUGGCUAUCAAUUUGGUGUAUUAAAAUCUGUCAUUGAUGGAUUAAAAAAACUUGGCCACCAGACAGCGCGGUACAGAGGUCGAGGCAGUGUCGUGUGUGCUAUUGAACAAAUAAAUGGUACUAUUUAUGGCAAUGCCGAUUACAGAAGAAACGGGGAUGUUCGUGGUAUUGACUGAAAUUUUUAAUAAAGUUUUUAUUUAUUCUUCUUUCUAUUAAAUUCGUCAUUCAAUUAAUUUUUA